UUGACGAAAAUUUUUCAUCCAGUAGUGAAAAAAGUUAGACGUCGCGACGAUCAAACCGUUCACGGAACAAGUAGAAGGAAGAAAAUCAAAAGUUUUGCUUUGUGCUUUUAAUUGCGUUACAAUUUGAAAAUUUAUAUGCGUAAUUGACUGAAAUUUGUGCAACGAGAAAUAACGUAGAGAAUGCUCCAGUUAUUUCUCUAAAAUAAGAAAAUAAUUUUUUAUUAAAACGUCACCGGAAUUCAAAGUGGAAAUAAUAGACAAAACAGUGGAAAUGGCUCCAGGAUUAAAGAAAUUGCUUUUUAAACGUCAAGUUCAAGAAGAAGAAGGAGAUGAAAUUGGAGAAAUUUCGACUACACUAGGCACACAUAUUUUUGGCAAACAUUUACAUAAAGUUAGAAUUACAACACCAACCACUACUUUUGAAACUGAAGAAGAAGAAGUAACACCAGAACCAACUGAGUCGACUGUAAAAAAAAUACAAGAUAAAACUAUGGAUGUAGCUGGUGCAAUAGGACAAAAGACAGGCAUUCCUACAUGGGGUGUUGUGGCAAUUUUUAUACUAAUUGCACUUAUAAUUCUGGGAAUUUGUGGUUUCUGUAUUCGACGGUGCUUUCGGAAGAGACGCUCUAAAGAUGGAAAGAAAGGCAUGAAAGGCGUUGAUCUGAAAUCGGUACAGUUACUUGGAUCUGCUUAUAAAGAAAAGGUUCAACCAGACAUGGAAGAAUUGACCGACAACGCUGAGGAACACGAAGAUGAAGGAAGUAAACAGAGUGAACAAAAACUGGGAAAACUGCAGUAUAAAUUGGAGUAUGAUUUUAAUUCAAACAGUUUAGCUGUGACAGUGAUUAAAGCAGAAGAAUUACCUGCACUCGAUAUGGGUGGAACGUCUGAUCCUUAUGUUAAAGUCUACCUACUUCCUGACAAAAAGAAGAAGUUUGAAACCAAAGUACACCGAAAGACACUUAAUCCAGAAUUCAAUGAGACAUUUGUGUUCAAGAAUUUACCAUAUGCCGAGGCCAUGAAUAAAACUUUAGUGUUUGCAAUAUUUGACUUUGAUCGCUUCUCAAAACAUGAUCAAAUUGGUGAAGUUAAAGUUCCUCUAUGUCAGAUUGAUUUGGCGCAAACUAUUGAGGAAUGGCGUGAACUGCAAAGCGUUGAAGGUGAAGGUGGUCAGGUAUGA